UGCAACAACAAGGGAAAGUUUAUUCUCCAAACUGUUCAACCGGACCGUUCAAGUGGUCGGAUAACUCUGUUUUUUCGGACGUUCAAUAAAUAAAACAUAUUUAAGAAGAGACAUGGCGCUCACCGAUGCUGACGUGCAGAAACAGAUCAAGCACAUGAUGGCCUUCAUUGAGCAGGAGGCCAACGAGAAAGUCGAGGAAAUCGAUUCUAAGGCGGAGGAAGAGUUCAACAUUGAGAAAGGUCGUCUUGUGCAGACCCAGAGGGUGAAAAUCAUGGAGUACUAUGAGAAAAAAGAAAAGCAUAUUGAACAACAUAAGAAAAUCCAGAUGUCCAACUUGAGAAGUCAAGCAAGGCUAAAGGUGCUGAAGGCCCGUGACGACAUGAUCCAGGAUUUGUUGAAUGAGGCUCGUCAGAGACUUGCAGAGAUUGCCAAGGACCCUGAUAAUUACUCCGUCCUGUUGCAAGGCCUGGUGCUUCAGGGAUUAUUUCAACUGCUGGAGCCCAAAGUUACCAUUCGCUGCCGACAGCAGGAUGUAGAAAUGGUUCAGGCUGCAGUUAAUAAUACCAUCCCAAUCUACAAAGAGGCAGUGAAGAGCAACAUAGUCGUCAAAAUCGACCAGGAACGCUUCCUUCCAUCAGACAUCUGCGGAGGAAUUGAUGUUUAUAAUGAAAAUGGGAAGAUCAAGGUUUCCAACACUUUGGAGAACAGGCUUGAACUUAUGGCACAGCAGAUGAUGCCUGAAAUCAGAGUGAACCUGUUUGGUGCCAAUCCCAACCGCAAGUUCACGGAUUAACAACGGAUUUGAAGAGAGCAGUGAGGACAUGGGUGGAAUAUAUAAGAUUAAAGCAGCAGAGACAACACAACCACCGUCACCAAUGCCAAGCACUGCUAUCCCAGAAAACCUAGCACCAUCUCCC